AUGGCAACUAAAAUUGAUGACAAAAUAAACGGAUAUACUUUUGUAUGGAAAAUUGAAAACAUCAGUCAUUGCUGGUUAAAAACAGGAGAAUGCAUCGCUAGUCCCGCUUUCAUCACAGAUGCAUUAGACGGUACAAAAUGGUCGCUGUUGUUGUAUCCCAUGGGAUACAUUGACAAAAAUCAUGUCAGUUUUUAUCUCCACAGAAAAGAAGACUGCACUGGACCGAUUGCCGUUAAAGUGAAUUUCCAACUAUCAUUCCUUGGCAAGGAUGGCUCGGUUUUGACGGAAGUAACAGUAUCGAAUUGGAGUUUCAUGAAAAAGAAUGUUUUUGCUCACCCAAUACGUGAAUUACAUGAGAAAGUUUUCAUCACUGAAAAAGAGUCAUUUCUUCCUGAUGAUACUCUAACUGUGCAGUGUACAAUUUGGAACAAGAAAGAAACGCUCUUAAAACCAAAAUUAAUAUCUGCUCGGACGGUUUUUAAAGUAAAUAGGAAAGUUUACAUUUGGAAAAUCGAUCAAUUCACCAUUUCUAAGGAUAGUCUAAGAAAUAAGUUCAGAGAUGAUUUGAUUGCCAUUGAUUUCAUUUUAUCUGAAGGACUUUCUAUUUAUAAACUGGAUGUAGACAUCAUUUCAUUCGCUGAGAAUACGAAAUAUUUUUCUUUCAAAAUUUCCAGAAUGAAUGCGAAAGGGGAAAAGGAAAUGUGCGGAAUUCGUGAAUAUUUUGCCUGUGAUCUUAAAAAAGGAACAUUAUCAACAGUGCUCAUCAAAAACCUGGAAAAGAACGCUCACAGCUUGUUAUUCGAGUGUGAAUUUGUCUCUUCAAAUGGAACUGUUUUAAAUGAAAUUUGCAGUUGUGGUAUAAUUUCUCCUAAAGUAACGACAACAGCUCCUGAAAAAGUGAAAUCUCCAAAUACGUCAGCUGUGAUAAAUGCCUUGAAAUCCAUGUAUGAAGAUGGGAGUUUUCACGACAUUGAGCUUCGUACCUCAAAACGGGUAUUCCCAGCUCACAAAAAUAUUUUAAGCGCCAGAUCCCCUGUGUUCAAGAGAAUGCUCGUCAAUGAUAUGAAAGAGAAGAACAGCGGACAUAUCGACAUCAUCGAUUUGGAGGAAGAUGCUAUACACCAAAUGCUUCUAUACAUGUACACCGACAUCCUGGAAGAUCUACAUUUUGAAAGCGCAUGCAAGUUGUACGCAGCUGCAGAUAAAUAUGAGAUCCUAUCCUUAAUGAGUAGAUGCUCUACUUUCUUGAAGGACAACUUGUGCCCCACUGAAGCUUGUGAAGUUUUAACUUUGGCUGACCGGCACCAUGACGAUGACCUAAAACACUUUGUGCAGGAUUAUAUAUUGAAAAAGGACACAGAAGUGUUUGGCUUGCGGGAAUGGAAACUUUUCAUGGACGCUAAUCCUAAAUUGGCUGCGGAUAUCAUGUAUUUGAAGGUUUUCCCUGGCUAA